UUGUGUGCAGACAGAGGUUAAUAGUCGUGGUUGUGAGGUUGGAAUCCGCAGAAAUAUGUGGUAUAUAUACGCCUAUAUAGUUUAUUUUUUUUUAAACUAAAAAUCCACGUAAUUAAUAGACGCGUCAGUGGCAACAAUCUGAUUUUCUUUCAAUUUGAUUAUUCCGGUGAUUCAUAGAAAAGUUGUCAUGCUAAUGGAAAUUGCAAUGGGUUGAAAUUUUGUCAAUAGUUUAUAUUGCUUUUGUUGAAAACUGUCAACAGAUAUUCACACAUUAUAUUGUAUAUAUGAGAGGCGAACGAACGAAAAAGAAAAGAAAAUGUGUUAGAAGAAGAAAGAAAAAUAGUGACAGAAUAAGGUAUAGAGUGAAAGUAAAAAAAUAGUCAAUUUUUUAUCAAAAGUGACAAUUGAAUUUCAACUUUGAUCGCACGUUUGCAUUUUUUUUUUCUAUAAAUUUUAAAAAUGAUUGUUGAAGAACCUGUGCAACAAGGGAUGUUGCUUUUUCCACCUCAAGGAAUGUUAGGCCAGCUCAAGAAAAGUUGGCAUAAAAAGUUUUGUCAAUUAUUCAGAGCUAGUAAUUAUGGAAUUGAUAGAUUGGAGAUAUACGAUAAUCAGGAUGAGGCUUUGACACAACUUACCCAACGGAUUAUAACACUCGAAGCAUGUGUUAAAAUUGCACCUAUUAAUCAGCCGAAUGUGUUCACUGUUGUCACAAAAUCGGGUAUCCAUCAUUUUGGUUGCUUCUCGGAAACCGAAAUGACCAGUUGGAUGAGCGCCUUUCAAUCCGUGGCAUUUAAAGACACAGCCUCGAGUCAAACAAUAGAGGAGGACAAUGAUUUAUAUUGCACAAGUGGCGAGGGAAUUUUCUCCGUGAAACUUGUCGAGACCGAGGCCUCCAAACUCUGCGGUCUUGAGCCGAAGAAUUACACUCUAAUUGUCGCCGCGGCAGAAAUCAAAUUACUAAACGGCGAAACACCCCUCUUCACCUGGCCCUACAGAUUCAUAAGAAAAUACGGCUACCGUGAUGGAACAUUCACCUUCGAGGCCGGUAGAAAAUGUGAAUCAGGCGCCGGUUCAUUUCGUCUCGAGCACAAAAAUCAACAAGAAAUAUUCCGCUGUAUCGAGUCGAAAAUGAAGUACAUGAAAAAAUUGCUCAGCGGUGAAACUAGUCCAAGUAUAGAGUGCAACGAUGCACAAUUUCACGCCGCCCUAUCAAUGGAGGCAAGAUCACGCUCACCAUUGCCACCAUCGCCAAACAGUUCCAGUCAUCUAAUCGACAUCGAUUUCUCCACCUCAUCACAAAAACUCCUCAACUCCUCCUCCUCCAUCGAAUCCACCCAACUAUUCAAACCCCCGCCGCCAAUUCCAAAACAAAAACCAAUGAAACCCCCCCGCAAAGCAAUAUUCACCACCGUCCUCGACAAAAAGCACCUCGAACUCGAAUUCCCCGAGACAUCGACACGAGGAAAAUAUCGCCGCCUACAUCCAAUUGGAAACCACGAUCACGACAGUUCCAGUAAUUCAAGUUCACAAAACGACAAGCACUCCUACGAUCUCGUCGAAGUGAGAAAUGACGCCUGGCGAACACACGGCAUCGACAGGGUACCACACAUGGAGAGAUUGAACGCAUCGUCGAGUGAUUCGAAUAAAGAUGACGAUUCACCGUACGAAACUGUCACGCCACUGCCACUCAGUUCACAGGGUUCAGUGAGAAGUAAGUUAAACAGUAAUGAUGCAACCACUGCCAAUUCACCAAUUUCACCAAUCAUUCACAAUACAUUUCCAAUCAAGUCCGAUGACUCUGAUUAUGAUAAACUUCAAUAUUUCGGCACUAUUCAUAAGUCCGAUCCAAAUCCCGCUUAUAGAACUCCAAAUAUUACAAUACCAAGAUCACUGCCACUUGUUCAAACAAUAUCAGACGCAAAUGAUCACAGUCAAAAUAAUUAUGAUUUAGUUGAGAAUUAUACGCAAAUGGUCAAUGAAAUGAGCGCUGUGAGACUCGCUGAUGAUAGUCAUUUAGGUUACGGUGUAAUUAGAAAAAAAACCGCUAACAACACAGACCCUGAAUAUAAGCUUUAUAACGAUACUGAAUACGCAAUUGUCUCAAAACCCAAGAGAGUUUAAAAUAAUGUUUUUCUUUUUUGAAAAACUGAUUUUUUAGUCGACAAUUUCUUUUAAUUGUGCGAUAUUUCAACUUUAAAGUUCCCCUUUUUUGAUCAACAAAAUGAAAGAAUAUUUAAUGGAAAAAAAUUAAUUUUCUAUUAAGAAAAGAUUGUAUCUUGAAAAUUGUUUACUCGUUUUCGCUAAUAAUUUGAAAAAUAUGGCUAUUUGUUUAUACAAGAGGCUAAAAAAAGAAAAAGAACAACUUAAAAAAUUCAAAAUAAUCAAAUAAUUGCCUUCUGCAGGGCUCGAACUACGACCGCAAAUUCUGUAAAAGUCCAUAACUUUGCUUGAAGUCCGUAAAAGUCCGUUUUUUUAAAAAAAAGGUCCGUAAAGUCCGUAAAUUGUACGAUAUAAUUUAGAUAAUUUUAGAGAAAUUACAAAUGAUUG